UAACGCAAGAGGUGGUUAGCGAUUCGUAGCAAAAGGGUGGAAAUGCGUAGAAUCGCAAAUUUCGCAACAUGGAAUUCUGCAGAAACCGCAAUAACCACAACUGGAAAGUGCGAAAUUUCUAUCUGUGACAGAGGAAUGCCACAUUUGGCAAAUUUGAGCGCCAAGAGAGAAAAAUGGAAGAGGAAAAUAAGAUAGCUUUGAGAAUUUGGUUUCAAGGAAUAAGACCGCGAGCCAAAAUCAACGUCCAGUGUUAGAAAUUCAGCGAAAUUUGCAAAUUUUGACGUACCAAGAGUUGUCGUCAUCUUCUUCACCUGCCAUCUUUUUUGACAAAUGAAAUGAGCCUCCUCAGGCCACCGCUAGAUGGCUCCGGCCGUCAAAAAUACCCCCACAGGGCUCCCCCCACCCCCUUUGAUGCUCGCCGAGUGUCAACAAACAGUCCAGGACCAAUUAUUGCAUUCUAAAAGAUAAUUUUUUUAUUUUUUUCGCCUCGGUAUUUUAAUAAAUUGUUAAAAACAAUUAGAUUUUAUGGAGAUGCAACCUAUUAUUUCGUAUUUCGUCUGCGUUUUGUCCAUCCUCUUCAUAAGAUUUAUAAUUUUUCGACCUGAAAAUGAAACUUUAGAAUUGGAGGACCACAACCACCUUUUCCUGAUCGGCAUCAUGUCUCGAAGGGAAAAUCUGAAAAUGAGGGACAGCAUCCGAAACACUUGGGUUCGCAGUCUAAACAGCUCCAUUGGCAAACACAAGUUUCUCAUUGGCAAAGAGUUUUGUCCUGUUCCUCCUGUCGACAGAACUUCUGAAUUCACAUGUGAAGAGUGGACACCGAAAAUCGCAAAAAGUCUCUCAAGGAAAGACGCUUCCUACGAAAUAGAAUCCAGCAAAAUAAUUUUUAACUCCAGCCAAACUAUGGUGAAGGACCUCAACUUCCAGGUGCACUACGACAUAGUUAUAAAGAGAUUGUGUCUUUUGUCGGAGAUAAUCAAGUCGCACGCCCGGCUCAGUUUGAUAAAUUUGUCGACAAACGAGCGAGUCUUCACAGCAUCUUUUUCUUCCGAGCUGGUGAAUGAAAAAAAGGAGCUGUCAACCUGCAAACAGGUGGAGCCUUUCGUCUUUCCUAAAGGCUUUGAAGGCAAAAUUGUGUUGUCGACGGAUAACAACUUAAAUCUAGAGAGCAGUUGCAAUGUGAUUCUCACUGACGACUCUCGCCUCCUUACUUAUCGAAGUACAAGGAAAAUGCUGGGAAAAGAUUUUUGUGCUCCUUUCUCCAUUACUUAUCUUGUCAAAGAUAUGGAGGGGCUGGAGAAAUUCCUGUCCCAGAAGCAGCAGAGAUAUUUUGAUUGGAUGACAGAGCAAAAGCUUCUGACCUCACAGUUAAUCUUGGAAUCAGAAAGACAUGAUGACGUGAUCCUCUUGAAUGUGGUCGACGUUUAUAGAAAUCUGCCAUCAAAACUUAUUUCUUUUUUAAAAUGGGCAGACAGACACACCGAGUAUGAAUUCAUCCUAAAAACAGAUGAUGACACAUUCAUCGACACCAAAAAAGUGACCCAAGAACUUCUCAAACUCCAGGACACGAAAAACUUGAUUUGGAGCUCGUUUCGAGAGUAUUGGCCUGUCCAGUCUUCCGGCAAGUGGCGCGAGGACAAUUACAAUUCCCUGACGUACCCACCCUUUCCGUGCGGUUCCGGUUAUGUUUUGAGUGCAGAUCUGGUCAGCUACCUGGUCGACAACAACGAGGACCUGUUCAAAUUCCAGGGCGAAGACACAUCUGUUGGUAUUUGGUUGGCUCCGUUGUCGCCGUUCUAUAAAAAUGACUGUUGGAAGUGCAGCGACUGCAAUAAUUUUGCUUGCAAUCAGCCCCAGCUUACUGAAAAAGAGAUGUACGAUGCUUGGGUCGUGUAUGAAAAGGAGGGUGCCAUCCUCUGUUAAUUUUUUAUUAAACUAUAAUUAAUACUACUGAAUGUCUAGUCAAUAAAAUUAAGAUUCAUAAAAACUUGUGAUUUAAUUUUGUACAGUAUGAAAAAAAAUAUGCAAAUUUUACUUGCAAAAUAAUUGAUCACCUUUCACUGGAAAUUUAACUUAUUGAUCAAAAGUUAAUUUUAUCUUUUUGAAUUGACUUAUAUUCAUGGAUUGUCAAUUAAUUGUAGGCAUCAAAUAAGACAAAUAACUUAACCAAAAUGUCUUGUCUGCGGUAGCUUUUAUGUUAUUGUCCCAGAACUCUUUGCAACUCGGAUAAUCUGCAAAGCGGAGAAGUAGACGACAUGCUCCACAGGCUUUGGUAGAUUCAUUGCAAGUUCUUAAAUCAAGGCGGAAUAUGGACUGCAAUAUGAAUAAAAUGAAGAGUGCAUAUUAUCAAUGGACA